UACAAUAAUUGCUCCAUUUAACCCAGAUUGGCGGAAUCGCUUAAAAUUUAUUGAGUCCGGAAUAAAGUUAUCAGGAAAUGAUUUUAAAAUACCUAUAUCGAUACGUACAGGAGAAGCACAUAUUUUUCUUUGUGAUAAUACCAGGGUUGAUACAUCCAAUUGCAUAUGGAUGGUAUUACAAGGAUGGAAUAAAAAUAAGACAGUCAUAAGGGAGUGUACUGAAGGAGAAAUACCCACCAUAAAUGGAAAAUAUCUGCAAGAUGGUUGUAAAGAACCUAAAUUUGAAAUAAUGCAUAAUAAUGAAAAUCACCCAUUAUUUAUAUUUCCAAACAAAUGGAGUCAUUUGACACUAGAAAAAUAUGAUGAAACUUUGUACCUUAAGAAAAAUGGAAAAGAAAUUAUUCAGUACACUUCUAGUGUUUUGCCCAAGAUGAGAUAUAUUUUAUUUCACUCAAAGGCAACCGAUGGAUUAUUUAAAGUACACAAACAUCAGUAUUUAGAAAUAAAUGAACAAAAGAAGAUCCAACUUGGAGGAUCAAUGACACUAAGUUGUUUAGCAAUGUUUAUUAAAAUGUGUAAUACUUGUAGUUUGAGAAUCACUAUCACCAAGUUGUCAGGAUAUGAGUUAGAAGAGCAGAUUCAUUCAAAAGUAAAUGAAUGGAAAGAAAUAAAAAUUCAUUUAAAUAGAGAAGAGAGAAUAGUUGUUUAUGUAAGUACCCAAGCUGAAAAAAACACAAAACAACCAUUCUGGGCAAUAGACGAUGUCCGACAGUGUGGAAUAAACGAUCUGAGAUUUAUAGAAAAGGAAAUAGACGAUGGUUGCGAAUUAAUAACGGAAAACAAAGAAACUUAUCAACUGACUGAAGUAGAUUCUGGUAAUGAAGUUUCACCUUGUUCUAUUAAUGAAUUUGGCCUGAAACAUUGUUUGCCACUUCAUUCGAUUUCUCAGGAUAAUUGUGAAAAACUACAAUAUUGUGAACUAAGUCAGUCAUUAGAAACGAAAUGUUCAUGUUCUGCUGGAUUCUAUGGCCUAUUUUGUAUAAGUAUAUGUUUCAAUCGUUACUCCACAAUUUGUGUAUAA